UCGAGUAGAGACGCACACAGCGGAGUCCGGUUCAUCUCUGCCCGCAGCUAACCACCCCGCAGCAAGGCCACUGCGGGAAGAUGGCGACGGAAAAACAGAAACAUGAAGGAAGAGUUAAAAUUGGACACUACAUUCUCGGAGACACGCUCGGAGUGGGGACGUUUGGAAAGGUUAAAGUGGGCCAACAUGAGCUGACCAAGCACCAAGUGGCAGUGAAGAUCCUGAAUAGGCAGAAGAUCCGCAGUUUGGACGUGGUGGGAAAGAUCCGACGGGAGAUCCAGAACCUCAAGCUUUUCAGGCAUCCUCACAUAAUUAAACUGUAUCAGGUUAUUAGCACCCCUACAGAUAUCUUCAUGGUGAUGGAGUAUGUCUCAGGAGGAGAGCUAUUCGACUACAUCUGCAAAAAUGGAAAGUUGGAAGAAAAGGAGAGUCGUCGGCUGUUCCAGCAGAUUAUUUCUGCAGUAGACUACUGCCACAGACACAUGGUGGUGCACCGAGACCUCAAGCCUGAAAAUGUGCUGCUUGACGCGCACAUGAAUGCCAAGAUUGCAGACUUCGGUUUAUCAAACAUGAUGUCAGAUGGAGAAUUCCUGCGAACAAGCUGUGGUUCUCCAAACUAUGCUGCUCCUGAGGUCAUCUCAGGAAGGUUAUAUGCUGGUCCAGAGGUAGAUAUCUGGAGCAGCGGGGUCAUUCUCUAUGCCUUGUUAUGUGGGACGCUUCCCUUUGAUGAUGACCAUGUGCCAACGCUCUUUAAAAAGAUCUGCGACGGGAUCUUUUUCACCCCGCAGUAUCUGAACCCGUCUGUAAUAAGCCUCCUCAAACACAUGCUGCAGGUGGACCCCAUGAAAAGAGCCACCAUCAAAGAGAUCCGUGAGGACGAGUGGUUCAAAGAGGGCCUCCCCAAGUACCUGUUCCCCGAGGACCCCUCCUACAGCAACAACAUGAUUGACGACGAGGCCCUGAAGGAGGUAUGUGAAAAGUUCGAGUGCACAGAGGAGGAGGUCCUGGCCUGCAUAUACAGUCGCAACCAUCAGGACCCACUGGCCGUCGCCUACCACCUCAUCAUUGACAAUCGUCGCAUCAUGAGCGAAGCAAAGGAUUUCUACCUGGCGUCUAGCCCUCCCGACUCUUUUCUAGACGACCAGCACUUGACCUCGUCCGGCGCCGUGGCCGGCAUUAUCAAGCCCCACCCAGAGCGCGUACCCUUCCUGUUGGCGGAGACUCCUCCUAGGCCUCGACACACACUGGACGAGUUGAACCCGCAGAAGUCCAAGCACCAGGGAGUUAGAAGGGCCAAGUGGCACCUGGGUAUCCGAAGUCAGAGUAGACCCAAUGAUAUCAUGUCAGAAGUGUGCCGGGCCAUGAAACAGCUGGAUUACGAGUGGAAGGUUGUGAAUCCAUAUUAUCUACGCGUGAGAAGGAAGAAUCCGAUAACUGGGAUGCAAACCAAGAUGAGCCUUCAACUCUACCAGGUGGACAGUAGAACCUACCUCCUCGACUUCCGUAGCAUAGACGAUGAUAUGGUGGAGACAAAAUCUGGAACUGCUACCCCUCUCCGAUCUGGGUCUGUGGGCAACUACCGCACAACUAUUAAGAACGAUGUAGACGGGGCAGACGCUCCCGCUACGUCUAGCACUGUGCACCCCGCCAAGGCCGCAGAAGGCUCCUUAGCGUCAUCGUUGACCUCAUCCAUUGACUCAACGGGAGGAGGGGACACCAUGACCGUCCCUCGACCGGGAAGCCACACCAUCGAGUUCUUUGAGAUGUGCGCAAAUCUUAUUAAACUACUUGCACGAUAGCUUGCAAAACAAUCGCUAGCCUUUUUUUCCUCUCCGAGUGUCUUUAUAGCAAUAAGCAUGCAACCGAUUCAUGGCUCAAUUCAUCCCGGCUGAGGAUGAAGUGAUUGUUCCAUGGCACUGAUGCAGGUUAGUGUUCCCGAAGCAGAAGGGAUGUAUCAGGAGCUGGCAGGGAAUCUAAGGGAUUAUAUGGAAAGACGAGUUACUUAAUGGCAAGGACAGAGCAACAUUUAGGAGGGGGUUUUCCAAAUUUCCUGAUCAAUUUAAUAGCAAGUAUCCACAUCCCACCUUUACAUAUAUGCGCAAGUGAUUACACUGAAUUGUCUGUACUGUAGCCAGUGAGCACUGCUUUCCAGUACAGAGAACAAGAUCAAGUUUUGGCCUGCAGAGAGGGACGCCACGUGUUGAGGGUGUUUGGGUGGCAGUCGUAUAGGAUGCAGGAAGCACUUUUGCACAAGUUUCUUUUAUUUCCUGCUGCUCUUGUUUGUCUCUUAGUGGGGAUCAGAGAAGUGGUGCAGAUGUAUCGGGGCGCUGCACCGGCCAUAACAAGGGUCGUCACGGCCGUCACGUUCAUUGGACUCUGAAGAAGUGCAAUGACCCCUGUAUUUCUGUCUGUGUCAGGGACAAACGAAUGCUUCAUCAGAUUUAUGUUAGGGUUUGGUUUUUUUUUUUUUUUGUGAAUCGGAGUCGUCACAGACUAAAUUUUCACGGUUUUGUCCUUGUUGUAAAAACUUGUUUGAAUUUGUCUGUCCCCUACAUUUUUAUAUAUAAAGACGUGAAUAUAUUUAUCAGUGGACGGAGUGUUGGUUCUAUU